AUGGGCUGGAAAGAUCACUUGAAACGUCUCAAGAAUGAGGUUGAGCAGCUGAUUGCGGAGCCGGGGUCUCAAACCUCUCAACAAUCUCAAGCCCCGCCCUCCCAGCAGCAGUAUCAACAAUAUGCUUCGCCACCGUCUCAGCAGCAACUGAUGGGUGGACAGCCUGCUCAUAUCUACUGGCAACCUCAGUUCAGACCUGAUGUGCCCGUGACUCAGGACUGGGACGGGAAGAUUGGCAAUGGGCCGGAUGGUUGGGGAAACCAGGAGCUGCAGCAUUAUACUGCCAAGCAGCAGAAUGUCUUCUACACUCCGGAUGGGAAGCUCGUGCUUCGAGCCAUUGCCAACAAUAGCUGUCCUAACCCCGAGCAGAAGUAUACAUCUGCCCGUUUGGUGAGCAAACAGACGCUGGCACGUGAUCAGGGAGUUUUGACCGCCGUGAUUCUGUCUCCCUGUGCUGAUGGUAUCUGGCCAGCUUUCUGGCUUCUUCCGCAGGAGCCGUUUGCAUGGCCGACUGAUGGUGAAGUCGACAUCGCUGAAACCUGGAACGGGGACUGCGAGAAUCACUCGUGUCUUCACUGGGGCCAGCAUCAUGAGGCAGACAAACAUCGUGUUCUCGGGACUAGGAUAUCUGAUAUGCAGUAUCGACCUGUGAGGUACGACCUGGCAUGGGUGCAGCCAGGUGGACAACCCGGCCAGGGUAGGAUGAUCUGGUAUAUUGACGGAAGACCAGUGAUGAAGGCGGAUAUUCCGCCUGGAACUCGGCCUAUAAGAGAUAUGACGAUCUUGUUGAAUGUGGCGAUGGGAGGCAAUGUUUGCGGCAGAAAGACUCCGAAGGAUGGAUACUACGAUAUGGUCGUACACCAGCUUCUCAUGGCGAGUGAGCCCGAAUACGGUGGUUGGCAAAGGUUUGAGAAUGACUGGGUACACACGCAACCAGGCAACACGUACUAA